UCCCUUUACUUGACGGUUGUCGGGAACUUGAAGAACGUUAUGGAGUUAGAUGGUUUGGUCUAGUCCAACCAAACGGGACAGAGUGAGGUGGUAGGACCCGGUGUGUGGAGGGGCCGAAGGGACAGAGUGAGGUGGUAGGACCCGGUGUGUGGAGGGGCCGAAGGGACAGAGUGAGGUGGUAGGGCCCGGUGUGUGGAGGGGCCGAAGGGACAGAGUGAGGUGGUAGGGCCCGGUGUGUGGAGGGGCCGAAGGGACAGAGUGAGGUGGGAGGGCCCGGUGUGUGGAGGGGCCGAAGGGACAGAGUGAGGUGGGAGGGCCCGGUGUGUGGAGGGGCCGAGGGACAGAGUGAGGUGGGAGGGCCCGGUGUGUGGAGGGGCCGAAGGGACAGAGUGAGGUGGGAGGGCCCGGUGUGUGGAGGGGCCGAAGGGACAGAGUGAGGUGGGAGGGCCCGGUGAAGGGAAGCCGAGGUGGUUGUGAUGAAUUUCUCCGAGCUGUUCAAACAGUCGAAUCAACUGUGCAGACUGUCGCCUGAUGGGAGAUAUUCGGCUGUUUGUGUCCAAUACCGACUCGUAAUUCGUGAUGCGCGCACCUUGCAGGUCCUGCACCUGUACACAUGUUUGGACCAGAUUCAGUAUGUUGAAUGGUCUGCUGACUCUCUUUUCAUCUUGUGUGCCAUGUACAAGCGUGGACUUGUGCAGGUCUGGUCCUUGGAACAGCCUGAUUGGCACUGCAAGAUUGAUGAAGGAUCAGCUGGGUUAGUGGCCUCGCGCUGGAGUCCAGAUGGACGUCACAUUCUCAAUACUACAGAGUUCCAUCUGAGAAUCACUGUCUGGUCAUUGUGCACAAAAUCAGUAUCUUAUAUAAAGUAUCCCAAGACCUGUCAGCAUGGGAUGGAUUUCACCAAAAAUGGGCACUACAUGGCGCUGGCAGAGAGACGAGACUGCAAGGAUCAUAUCAGUAUCUUUGUGUGCAGUGAGUGGCAGCUGCUGCGGCAUUUUGAGACUGAGACCCAAGAUCUGGCUGGUAUCGAGUGGUCACCCAACAGCUGUGUGCUGGCAGUGUGGGAUUCUUGUUUGGAGUAUAAAAUUCUCCUUUAUUCGCUGGAUGGACGUCUACUGUCCACCUACAGUGCAUAUGAGUGGUCUCUAGGUGUGAAAUCUGUUGCCUGGAGUCCAAGCAGCCAACUUUUAGCCAUUGGGAGUUAUGACGAAAAGGUAAGAAUGCUCAACCAUGUGACAUGGGGGAAGCUUGCGGAAUUGGAACAUCUCCCAACCAUCAGAAAUCCGAAAAGUGUUAUCUAUAAGGAAGUAGAAAACCGCCAACGUCAGAAUGGUGAUGAUUUGUCUUUUCCUCCAAUUCUAACAGACAAAAGUUCUUUAUUUAGUUCAGAGAGUAAAUAUGAGAUUUGCCAGCCUCCAGUUGAGCUGCUUGUCGUAAAGCCUGAUGCAGAUCGAGCAAAUCCUAAAUUGGGUGUUGGGAUGUUGGCCUUCAGUCCUGACAAUCGUUUCUUGGCAACCAGAAAUGAUAAUAUGCCAAACACAGUAUGGAUAUGGGAUGUUCAAAAGUUGAAGCAGUAUGUAGUUUUGGAACAACUGUCUGCAGUGAAAUCCUUCCAGUGGGAUCCAUGCAGGGCCCGUCUUGCUAUCUGUACGGGCAGCAAUAAAGUGUACCUUUGGUCUCCAGCCGGGUGCUUGACUGUGCAAAUUCCAGCUGAAGGUAGUUUCCAAGUUUUGUCAUUGCACUGGCAUCCCAAUGGAGAGUCUAUAAUGCUACUGAGUAAAGAUCAAAUGUGUGUUUGUUAUUUAGAUACUGCAGAUGAAAGUUAAACAUAUUACCUACCUCUAGAGUUUGAGGGAUCAAGUACGCCAGUGUCUGACUGUAAUAUGAAAGAUACAACCACUAUUCAUUCCUGUUGAUGAUAAGCAAGCAUUGUAGGCCAACUGCAGCAAUAUCAAAUACUGAAGUGCUUUUCCUAUCGUAUAGAAAUGUGAAAACGAAUUUGAAAAAUUUUACUUUCACAGUCAUUAAGUGGAACAAUUCAGUAACAAAAUCAAUUUUACAAAAAUGUGCUCAGGUUUUAUUCUAUAGAAUUUUUUUAUUGAUUCUUUAUUGAAGUACUCUGUUUUUGGAAAUAUUUUAAUACUCCUGUCUGUUCAGUUCCUUGUAAUUGAUCCACGCUUCCUACAAUUAAGAUACAUCUGAGAAAUUACUUUUGGAAAAGUGUCCAGCCACCCAUGUUUUGAGCUAGAGGGAUAGAACCAGAGGUAGUUUACAAAAAUAUUUGAAGUUCUAUAUAUAGUUGCCUCUAAAUUUUGCUGUGUUCAACAUCUUGACAUGCAAUUAAGUGAAGAUUUUUAAAAGUUCUCAAACACCUCUUCAAAAGUAUUUCAUUAGUCAUACUUUGGAACGUCGCAUACAAAUGGCAGGCAUUGUAUGAAUGUGUUACUUAAGAUGACAUGAUUCCAGGAGUAUUAUUUGAAGUUUCAUAUAAUUUUAUCAAAAUCUAAGAGGUAAUUAUUAUUUUUUUCUGUUGCUGCUCUGUGCAUUUGUUUGCACAAAAUCUGUGGCUAUCCAACACUUAACAGUGGAAAAUUCUAUUAGCAACAUCAUUGGAUCUGUUGCUGUGAAAUUUUAUAAUGUUAAUUGCACAAUUAAUUUGUUUAUUAUUGCAAAAACAUUGACAC